AUGGACGAGCAUACGGCAGUGAAGUUGGACGUUUACGAGGUGAUAGGACGGCUGGCGAAUCCUCGACGAGGGAUCCAAGGGCCCCACUCUGCCCUGACCGACUUCCUUGCUUCGCAUAACAUCUCUGCAGCUGAUAUCCGACAGAGCUAUAACCAGCGACUGACCGCGGCCCAGCAACAGAACGAAGCUGAGCAGCGUCAAUUGGAGAGACAGCUACAAACCCGCUUACGGAAUCUAUCAGAAGAAGAUGAAGCGUUGGAAGAAUCAGAGGUAGAAGAAGAGAUACAGCAAGCGAAUGCUAGAAAACGUAAACGCUCCACAGCGGCAGCAACGGCCAAAGCGAAAGCCAAGGCCAAAGCAAAGGCGAAACAGCAGGGAAGGGAUGUCUCUGAUGAAGACUACGAUGAUGCGUUAUAUCAAGCUAAACUGCCCGUUCCUGGACAACUGUCGAACUGCGAGCUAUGUGAUAAGCGGUUCACGGUGACGGCAUAUAGCAAAACAGGGCCUGAUGGUGGUCUACUGUGCACGCCGUGCGGUAAGCAGAUGACGGCGGACGAGAAGAAGGCAAAACCGAAGCCAAAGAAGGCCGCAAGAGGGGCGAAGAGGCAGAAUUAUAGUAACCUGCUAGAUGGUAUUGCGCAGCGCGGGGCCUUUAGUUUAAUGGAGAUGUGCAUCAAGCAAGUGGCGAACAAUAUCAAUGAUGUAGAAGGGUUUGGAGAUUUGCCAGGAGAGCUACUACAUAGACUCAGUCAGAUCCUAUGCAAGAGACGAGUUCUCACGCCGCGCACUCUAGAACUGUUUCUACGCAGUGAUAUCAACACCAUUGACAUAUACGAUGCUGCCAAACUCGAGGAGGAAGACUUCAAAAAGGUGUUUGCGUUGAUGCCGUUUUUGGAAAAGGCCAACUUCCGCUGUGCCGGACAGCUCAAGGACUCUGUACUGGAAUACGUCAUGAGCCGGGAGAGCCGCCUCAAACAUCUAACGCUCGACUCGAGUAAUCUGGUAUCAGAGGAGUGUUGGCGUCGGUUCUUCACGACUUGCGGCUCACAGCUAGAGACCAUCAAGCUAUCAAACCUAGACUGCGCGUUGAACGACGAGACGGUAGGCGUGAUAGCCAGCCACUGUCCGAAUCUGCGUCGCCUGAAACUCACCGACUGCUGGAAAUUAACCUACGGCUGCCUCGAGUCGAUUGCUAAGAUGGAGAAGCUGGAACAUCUCUCUCUCGACAUGCGCCAUUACGACAGCAGUUCUACCAUGGACGAUGACCUCGAGUCCAUCAACUCUCUACUCAAAGCACGAUGCAGCAACCUACGCACCCUAUCGCUCGAACACUUCAAGCCGCUUGACGGGUCAAGUCUCGCCAUCCUUCACGACCAGGCCAGACAGCUGAGUAAACUCCGCAUCUCCCAUAACGAGAACUGCACCGACGAGUCCUUUGCCAACCUAUUCGUCAACUGGGCCAACCCCCCCGUCUCAACGGUCGACCUCUCGAGCAUCCGCCAUCUGGAACCCAUGUUCCCUGACGGCGAGGAGGAUUCACCUACCGGCCUAGCCUCUGGCGGCUUCACAGCGCUGAUGGCGCACUCUGGCUGCAAGAUGCAGAAGCUGAACAUCUCUUCGUGUCGCCAUGUCAGCUACGAUGCGUUCGGGGAGGUGUUUGGGGACGGACAGAGGUAUGAGUAUCUAAAGGAGCUGGAUGUCUCGUUCCACACGCGGGUGGACGACUAUCUGAUGGGAUGCCUGUUCCGGGCAUGUCCGGCGCUGAGCAAGGUGAUUGCGUUUGCGUGCUUCAAUGUGGUGGACGUGAAGCCGCCGGCCAACGUUGCCCUGAUCGGAGGACUGAAUGCUCAUACCAUGUAG